AUGAAUGGCAGUGCAGCAGUGGUGAGCGUGCAGUCGCAAGGCCUCACUCCGCCACUGCACGCGCCGCCGCCGCUCAUUCUCUCCCGCUCGCUGAACCUCGUUCUCCCACCGUUCCGCAGCCCCCCUCUAACCCCUCCACCACCUUCCCCGCACCGCCCCUUCCCUCUCCUCCCGCAUCUUCCGUUCUUCUCCGCCCCUCGUCGGGACAUCCGCUCGCCUCGCUCUCACGGCCCACCCACCCACCGCCCGCUCCCUCUCCACCGCUCUGAUAUUCCCUUACUCCUCCUCCUUCCCGCUUUCCCCCAUUCUUCCCGCUUUCCCCCAUUCUUCCAGCUUUCCCCCAUUCUUCCCGCUUUCCCCCAUUCUUCCCGCUUUCCCCCAUUCUUCCCGCUUUCCCCCAUUCUUCCCGCCCUCUCAACCUCCAGCCUUCCGUCUCUUUCCUCUCGCCCUCUGCGCACCUCACUCUGCGCCUCCCGCCCACGCCUUCCUGUGCGCCCCGCCCUGGGGGAAUGCCACGCCUCAGGGCUAAGGGGGAGCGGAGCGGCGCAGCCAGGGGAAGAGCGUCUGUGGGGGGCACAGCAGGCGGAGGGGGAGAAGGAAGGGGCUCGUGGUAGGGGAGGGAGGCAAGGGGGGGUGGUGGUGAGGGCAGGGGGCGGUGGGGCUGGAGAUGGGGGUGCGGGAGCGGGCCAGGAUAACGAUGGGUUGGAUGCGGUGCUGGCGAAGCACCGCCACAUGCUGCUCCCUCACCCCAUCGACCCCCUUCCUCACGUCUCUCACCCUCGCACUCCCUCCGCGCCAUGCAUCAAUGAGCCGUUCCUCUUCUCCCCUCUCGCGCCCCUCUUUUCCCCUCUGGCUGCGUGGAGUGGAUGUGCGGCAUGGCAGGGCGACCCGGCGUGGAGGAUAAGUGAGGGCACGGUGCAGGAGGUGAGGGACCUCUCGCUCAACUUCUUCUACGUCCUGCCCGCCCUCAACGCUGUCCCACUUCUCACCACCCGCGCCCACCCCUCCUUCCCCUCUCUCACCACCCUCACUGGCCCCCUCUCUUUUUCUCUCUUCCCCCACCCUCGCCCCAACCCUCUUCCUCCCUCUUCUUCUUGCGUUCGCUUUCUCUGUCUGCUUCCGUCUCAUGCAUUUCAGUCGGUUGCUCAUGCAUCCACCACAUACAACCAGUGGCACCACACCACAAUCUACAUCUCUCUUUCCUUGUAUGCCGUUGUGCGCGCAUCGUCCACCCCCCCUCCCACCAUAUCCGCCCACUCCACCCUGCUCUCAUUCCCACGAGCACCUCUUGGCCCGUCGGCCCCCCUCGCUUCACCAGAUUGCGGCCUAAGCCCGCCCGUGCACCCUUCUCCCCCUGUGUGCGGCACCAGGUGGCGGAGGCACUGUUCAACGUGGUCAACGCCUGGAGCCUGCUCUUUGGCCCGCUGCUGCUCGCCGACCCCAGGCGCACCCGCGUGGGCGCCAACCUGCCCGCGCUCUGGCUGGGCCAGAUGUUCCUCACUAACGGUGCGCUGCAGGGGCACGUGCGCCAGGUGCUGGGUGGAGGAGGAUGAGGGAAGCAAGCACCAGGUGGUGGGGGAAGGGGGAAGGGAGAGGGAGGGGACGAAUCCAGCAUCUCGCUUCUUUAUGCAUCCCCAUUCCAUUCCUCUCCUCACCUCUUCCCCAUGCGGUCCCCUCCUCACUCCUCUUCCCCCUCCAACCCUACCUGCACCACCCCUCUUUCCCAACCCCCUCUCUCCCCCAGUGUUCCUCAUCCCCAUCAUGGCCCUGCGCCUGCGCCUACCACCCCCGCCCCACUCCACCACGCCCCUGCGUCCUGCCGCGAUCGCCACCUUCCUCUCCUCUGCACCGCUGCCCAUCGCCCUCGUCUCCUCCACCGUCGCUCUCGCAUCGCUGUUCUGGGCAGCCCUCGCCCGCCCCGAUUUCGCCCCUCCAGACCUCACUGUACGCGCAGCCUUCCUCGCGGACUACCUGGGCAGCAACCGCCUGGCGUACGCGUUCGCAUGGGACGUGCUGCUCUACUCGCUAUUCCAGCCCUGGCUCAUUGCGGAUUGCCUCUCCGCCCUGCGCCGCUCACGGCCAGCAGAGGCAGCAGGUGGGGAUGAGGGGGGAACGACGUCUGGGGAUUAUGAUGCGCUGCUGGCGCUGCUGCAGUGGGUGCGGUUUGUGCCGCUGUUUGGGCUCGCUGCAUUCCUCUGUGCGCUGCCACGGCUGAGAGCCACCAGUGAAUUGCAAGGGCAGGAGUGA